AUGGAUCUGCAAAUCCCGAUGAACAAUGGCGUCGCCGAUAAGACCAUUAUACCCCCACAACCGAACCCCGACGAGAGGCGAACCAGGGGCAUUUUCGGUGCGGAAUUUGAUCAGAAAAUCGGGCGCCCAAAGAAAUUAUGUGCCAGAGGCCAUUGGAGGCCACAUGAAGACGCCAAGCUUAAAGCCCUCGUCGCCCAAUUUGGCCCUCAUAAUUGGAAUCUCAUCGCCGAUAAACUCCCCGGAAGAUCAGGAAAAAGUUGCAGGCUUAGAUGGUUCAACCAACUGGACCCGAAGAUCAACAAAGGCCCAUUCAGUGAGGAAGACGAACGAAGGCUCUUGGCGGCCCACAGUCUAUACGGAAACAAGUGGGCCCUGAUUGCCAGGCUAUUCCCUGGCCGGACAGAUAACGCCGUCAAGAACCAUUACCACGUGGUCAUGGCCAGGAGGAGCAAAGAGUCUAACGGCGUUUGCCGGAGGUUGGUGAAUAAACGGCCCCGUUAUUCGUUCGGGAACGUGUGUAGCGACUCGUCGGCAACGAUUUCAAGCAAUAAUAAUAAUAAUGAUAGAGAUGAUAAGAAGUAUUGUUAUUCCAAUGCUGAAUUUUUUGGGCGGUUUUGUGGUAGUCGGGAGAAGCUCGUGGACCGUGAAACGGGAGAGAAAAUCAAAUUGCAGGACAACAUAAGUAUGUGUGGAAGUGGACCCAAUGAGUCUAAUGCUGCAAAUGUAGUUUAUCAUCAUCAACAACAAGAUCAAAAUUCAGAUUCAAACUCUGAAAUUUUUGCAGUAUCUGAGUCAGUAAGCAAAAGCAGCAAUAGGUCCAAUUAUCUCUAUAUGUGUGGGGGAAAUGAGGAGAAGACUGGAAAAUUACCAUUUAUUGAUUUUCUUGGUGUGGGGGCCAUUUGUGAAACUAACUAAAGUA